AUGUGUCCUGCUAAUACUAUACCUUAUCUAAUAUGCGCUAUUACAAUUGAUGAAAUAGAUGGUUUAGUACUAAAACGUGAUAAUAAUGCACAACAAUCAAAAGUUGACGGUAUAAGUGUAUUAUUAUCUCAUAUAGAAGGUGUUAAAAAUAUUCCAAACUUAAUUGUAUUUGGUGCAACAAAUCGUCAUAAUAUGAUGGAUGAAACAUUUCUCCGUCGUAUGCAACCUAAAGUAUUUGUUGGACGUCCAUCACCUAAAAUACUUAAAAUAACAACUAAUUUUAGUGGUGCAGCAGUUGGUGCAUUAAAAUCAAGUAUUAUUGUUGCAAUGGAUAAUGAUCCAAAUAUUAAUGAUUCAACAUUAUUAAUAUUAGCGGAUGCAGUUGCACGUGAAUUUAAUGUAUGGUUUGGUAUUAGUAUAUUACCAGAAAUUUGGCGUUUAAAUCCACUGAUUUUGAGUUCAAAAGAUCAAGAUAAUUAUUCAUUAGCUUUACCAAAUUUAUCACCAACUGGACGAAUUCUUGUUGAUUGUCAAGAUCGUAAAUGUUUAAUUGAAUUAAAAAAUGAACCAACAUUAGAAAAAGUUUUAAUAGAACAAGGAACAUCAAUUUUAUCAUUAUUAACACGUUUUAUUCAUGGUUGUUCAAGUCGAAAUAUUGAUACAAUACAAGUAAUUGAUAUAAAUUUUUUAAUUAAACAAAAUGCAUUUGAUGAAAAUCAAAUAUUUGAAUUAUUAACAACAACAUUUUUAGAAUGUGAUGAAUAUAAUCGUUCAAUGAUUAUAUUUGAUAUUGAUUCAUUAAUUAUGUUAGAUAUAUCCGAUUCAGAAACGGCAAAAUCAAAAUCAAUAUCAAAUAUACGUUUAUAUCAAUAUAUAAGAGAAAAAUGUAAAACAGCUAUUGUUGAACAAAAAUCAGAUAAAAACAGUGUACAUUGA